AUGCCGGAGCGCGGAGAGGACGUUCUGUGCUAUCAUUGUAACAAUGUGUUUCCCAAAGAUACAUUCGGGUUGAUGUGUCCACGAUGUGGCUCCGACUUUACCGAAAUUAUCGAAGGAAGCGCCGAGGAACACCAACCGGCUGAAGAAUACAAUUCUCGUUCUGCAAGCCCGCCAUUUCCUUCUUCGUCAUCUCCAAGGCCGCCUCAAUCUCCUCAGUCUCCCCGGUCAACGCGAUAUGACGCAGAAAAUCCAUUCUUCAACCAUAAUCCGUGGGCCGAAACCAACGACGAUGAACCACAGAGAUUUGGCAGCCCUCCUAGAGUCAGUCGUCAUUCAUAUCGGUCUCCAGAUGGCCGAAUCACGUUCACAAGCACAACUUUUACAACUGGCAUGGGUGGGCGUGUUAGAAGUCCCGCGUCUCCUGAUCCAUAUGGAGGCGAACCGCUGUUACGGACAGUUGGGUCUAUCUUCCAAGAAUUAGCUGGCGCCUACAACACACAAAAUCGAAAUGUCCCACCUCCGGACCGAGAAGAUCCAUGGGAGACUCCUGGAGCAACUCGAGGUGCCACUCUCCAUGGGGGAUUAUGGCCAAGGAAUACAGACACCCCGGAGCCACCAGCUGUGCCUCUAACUAGUUUGAACGAUAUCUUUGAUUUACUACGAACAGAUGCAGCAGGAGAUGGAUUCGAUCGACCACGAGGAGGUAUUCAUAUCAUGGGCGCCACAGGGAUGAACCCAAUGCACCCUCUUUCUUUACUUGCUACCAUGCUUGGUGGAGGCCGGAUUGGAGAUGCUGUGUACUCCCAAGAAGAGCUUGAUCGCGUCAUAUCACAGCUGGUGGAUCAAAACAUGAACCAAGGAGCGCCACCAGCGGCUGAAACUGCGAUUCAAUCUUUGCCUAAGAAAAUAGUCGAUAAAGAGAUGCUAGGAGAAGAAGGGAGGGCCGAGUGCUCUAUCUGCAUGGAUCCGGCCGAGCUUGGAAGUGAAGUUACAGAGCUUCCUUCCCUCCUCAAUCUCCUCCGCGACGUCGGUCUUCUGCAUUUGCUUACGAAUCAAAUCGCGACUACAGCGGCAGCCCUUACCGCGCUCAUCGCCAUCGAACAAGCAGUGGUUCUUCAUUCCACCAUAAUCAUCGAUCCUCGCAUCACGCAGCUUCGGCUCCUCCAGAAGAGCGACGAGAACAGUCCAGUGGGGACGAACCUGAAAACCAGCCGCAGUCUAGUGGUGGUGGAGUUACCGGCUGGCUGA